CCGCUUUCGCAAUCUCUGGACUUGGGGCUCUGGUUACAGAUUUACUCCUGAACAAUGUCUCUGAUGUUUGGACUAAAGUCCUCCUAGCUCUGCAGGUGCUCCGAGCCCUUUCCUUCCCGUCCUCAGGUGCCUCCCAGCCCUGCAUCCAAAGGAUGGGGACCCAAGAGGACCACACAGCUCGAGCCCAGGAGACUGAAGGCCCCACCCUCUCCAGGGCACCCCCGGAGGACCCCAAGUUAGACAUGCUCUACAGGAUCGAGGAUGUGCCUCCCUGGUACCUCUGCAUUCUCCUGGGAUUCCAGCACUACCUGACCUGUUUCAGUGGCACCAUUGCUGUCCCCUUUCUCCUUGCGGAGGCUCUAUGUGUGGGCAAGGAUCAGUACAUGGUCAGCCAGCUCAUUGGCACCAUCUUCACCUGUGUGGGCAUCACCACCCUCAUCCAGACCACUCUGGGCAUCCGGCUACCCCUGUUUCAAGCAAGUGCCUUUGCCUUCUUGGUCCCAGCCAAAGCUAUCCUGUCUCUGGACAAAUGGAGAUGCCCCCCAGAAGAGGAGAUCUACGGGAACUGGAGUUUACCCCUGAACACAUCACAUAUUUGGCACCCACGAAUAAGGGAGAUCCAGGGGGCAAUCAUGGUGUCCAGCACAGUAGAGGUGAUGAUUGGGCUUAUGGGGCUGCCCGGAGCCCUGCUCAGCUACAUCGGGCCCCUCACAGUCACCCCCACUGUCUCUCUCAUUGGUCUCUCCGUCUUCCAAGCUGCUGGAGAUCGGGCUGGAUCUCACUGGGGCAUCUCAACCUUCUCCAUUCUCCUGAUCGUCCUCUUCUCCCAAUAUCUCCGAAAUGUCACCUUCCGACUGCCUGGCUACAAAUGGGGCAAAGGCUUCACUCUCUUCCGGAUUCAGAUCUUCAAAAUGUUUCCUAUUGUCCUGGCCAUCAUGACUGUUUGGCUCCUCUGCUAUAUCCUGACACUGACUGACCUGCUCCCUGCUGACCCCAAUACUUAUGGCUUCAGGGCUCGGACCGAUGCCCGAGGGGAGAUCAUGUCCAUCUCACCCUGGUUCCGCUUCCCCUACCCCUGUCAAUGGGGCCUCCCCAGUGUGACUGCAGCUGCUGUUUUGGGUAUGUUCAGUGCCACGUUGGCGGGCAUCAUCGAGUCCAUUGGAGAUUAUUAUGCUUGUGCCCGUCUGGCCGGGGCCCCUCCACCCCCUGUUCAUGCCAUCAACAGGGGAAUCUUUACUGAGGGCAUCUGCUGCAUCAUUGCUGGGCUGCUCGGGACUGGUAAUGGCUCUACUUCCUCAAGCCCCAACAUCGGUGUCCUGGGCAUCACCAAGGUGGGGAGCCGAAGGGUGGUCCAGUAUGGGGCAGGGAUCAUGUUGAUCCUGGGAACCAUCGGCAAGUUCACGGCUCUCUUUGCUUCCCUCCCUGAUCCCAUCCUGGGUGGCAUGUUCUGCACUCUCUUUGGGAUGAUCACAGCAGUGGGCCUGUCCAACCUGCAGUUUAUUGAUAUGAACUCUUCCCGAAACCUCUUUGUCCUGGGAUUCUCCAUGUUCUUUGGCCUGACGCUGCCCAACUACCUGGAUUCCAACCCUACUGCCAUCAACACAGGUAUUCCUGAAGUGGAUCAGAUUUUGACCGUGCUGCUAACGACGGAGAUGUUUGUGGGUGGCUGUCUGGCCUUCAUCUUAGACAAUACUGUCCCAGGGAGCCCAGAGGAGAGGGGACUGGUACAGUGGAAAGCUGGGGCCCACGCCAACAGUGAGACAUCUGCAAGUCUGAGGAGCUAUGAUUUUCCAAUUGGCAUGAAAACAAUCCAAAAGAUGGCCUUCUUGAAGUACAUCCCUGUCUGUCCUGUCUUCAAGGGCUUUUCUUCAAAGCCCCAAGAACAGCCCCCUGCUCCAGAAGACACUCCAGAAAACACAGACAACCUGUCUCUGAGCACCAAGGUCUGAAAAAGUGCCUUCUGGGAAAGGCUUUUCUCAAGCUUGCAAGUGCACAAACCAGAGGUCAGAGCAUAAGGGAGCAAGAGGAUGCCUUUGAAUUCACAAAUUCUUCUACUGCCUCUUGAUUUGGCAACCAAUGAAGAAAAAAGGCAUCAAGAUGCACUUCAGGGCCCAGGACAUCUGGGCCUGCUAGAUGGACUCUGGUUUUUAGGUUAUCAGGCUAGAAAUUGUAUAUGAUUAUAUCCUCAAUAUCAUGUGGCAAGAACUUAAAAUACCAUUUUCAUAUUUGGCACAUAGUAAGAUUGCCUUACUUACGAUGUAUUCCCCCCACCCCAAGUAAAAAUAUGAAAAACUCCAUGCCGUAAUACAAAAUACAUAUGAAUCUUUUUAGCAACUAGAGAGAAAUAAGAUUAUUCAUAUUUUAAGUAAUACUAAUCAGCAUUCAAACUGAAAACCAAGCACUGUAUUGUAGUCAUAAUGAAUAACAUCCAAAAUUUAUUCUUUAUACCUAAGCACUUCCUUGCACAAAGACGACACUUGUAUAUAUUUACUUAUUGACUGAAUUAAUAACGUAGCUCUAAACAGGCAGACAUAUCAACAAAUUACUCAGAAUAAAAGUAUUUGUUCCACCAAUAGCUCUGCGUUUAUUAUAACAAAGGACACACUUACACUGUAAAUUUCAGUGUUCUCUAGUAGCCCUUCGGAAUAGUACUCAAGCUCAGUGACCAAGCAACAGCUGCAAAUGAUGUUUCAGAGACUGGGAGUGAAUUCCAGAGUGGCUAGGGGUUGUAAAUAAGGAUAGAAAAGCUGGCAUUCAGUCCUCACUAGGUUCCUAGUUUGAUUCUAGCCUUAUUAGUUAUAUUAAUCUGAAAUGGAAUUUAAUCAAAUAAAGACUUCUUGGGCCCCAAGCUAAAUGUUGGUAUUUAGCUUAUAUCAGAAUUCUGGGAAUUUCUCUUAUUGCAAAUAUGAAUCCUGUUUAUUAAUAACUAUCAGUAACGAAAAAUGAAAGAAGGGUUAAAAAAAACACAUUUGUGUAAAUGAUUUUUGCUAAGAGAUUAUUAAAAUCAAAUCUAAGAAUGGUGAGUUGGAGUAUUUGAAUCAAAACUUUAGGUUAUAAAAGGAUCAUUGAUAUUAAAAUGAUAGAAUGGCCAAGUAAAUAUUCAGAAUCAGAAUUUAAUUUCUCAAAUUUAAAUAAUCCUGUUCUUAACCAACUAAUAAUCACCAUAGCCCUUCUUUUAAAGGUGAUACAUAUGAAGCGAUUACUUAAAGCCAUUUAAAAAUCCUAGAAGGACAAUAAGGCGGGGAGAUUAAGUGACUGAGAUCAGGAAUAAAUAAAUGUUCAAUUUGAGAUUAGAGCCAAGGAGACCCCAACCUUUACUCCAAGUUGGAGCUGAGGCAGUUUAUUUCAGUAUAAUCCAGCACAGAAUCCCAAGUUUUGGAGCAGGCAUCACAACAAUUUUGGCCAACAGAACUACUUCUGAUGGAAAAAUGAUUUAGUAGAAUCAGAAGAUUUUAGAACUAGGAAAACUUUAGAGAUCAUCUAGUCCAACCCCCUUGUGUUACAGAUGAAUAAACAGGCUUGGAAAGAUUGAAUGCCUUACAUAAGGUCAUACAACUCUUAAAUGUAACAGGCAGGGUUUAAACCUGGGUCUUGUGAAUGCCUGAGAUCUACUACUCAGUACCUUUUCUCAAAGUAGAACAGAGAGCCAAGUUUAAAAAAGACAAAAAAUAAUAUUUUUUUUACCACAAGAUCCUCCAGAGAAGAACUGUCACUGAUGACAAGGUCAUUAAACUGGUCCUGAAUUUGGUCCAUAGUUUGUGGGAGGUCUCGAGCUGGAAUGAACCACUCAUGUUCUUCUUCUUCUUCCAGCAUUUCCUGGAAACAGCGUUCAAUAAAUUCUUCUUCCCACAACUCCUCUUCAAUCUAAUAACAGAAAAUUAAUAUUUCAACAUAAAAUAUUAAGACAUAUUAGAAAACCAAAUGCAAUACUUUGUUUCUGUUCUAAUAAAAGAGAUUACUUUUUAAAUUUAGUUGAAACAUCUGCUUGGGGUACUUUAGGUAUUUAGAACCAUAAAUUUACCAACAUUAACAGGAUAUUUUUCUUUUCUCCACUGUUUAUGUUUGACAGAAAAAUGAUAAGACAGAGAAGAAGGGAUUACUUUUUUUUUUAAACCCUUAUCUGCCACCUUGGAAUCAAUACUGUUUAUUGGUUCCAAGGCAGAAGAGAGGUAAGGGCAUUUGAGAUUAAGUGACUUGCCCAGAGUCACAAAGCUAGGAAAUGUCUGAGGCCACAUUUGAACCCCAGAUCUCCCAUCUCUAGGCCUAGAGGGCAUUACUUUUGAACAUCUUUAUCUGAUGUAAGAAGCUGUCUUGGCUACCGCUGACAAUUACUCAGUAAUAGUCACUUGAAGAAGCUCAAGCCCUAAGAGAACACUACCAAGCGUAUAUUGUUUUAUUUUUUAUGGCAAUGCUGAAAAACUAACACUAUUAAAUACAAUUUUAAAAGGAGUAAAUUGACAUACCAUUUUCAACUGCCAAUGUUAGAAGGGCAGUAAUACAAGCUGAAUCGAUAAAACAUGUAUCUGAUUAACCCAAGAAACUAGUCAUUUUCAGAGGGACAAAUAGCUGUGGUAACUAAAAUUAGAACUUUUAAGAAAAUAAGGCUUUUACAAAGUUUGGUUAGGCUCCUGCCUACAUGUUUAACAUGACAGAGUAACCCUAGUAUACCUAGAUUAUGUCUUAGGAAAGAAGAGUUCACAUUUUAGGGAAUAAGUACAUAGCCUCAAUGAGAGCCAACAUUGCAUAAUACAUAGGGGGCUGGCCUAAAAGCCAGGAAGACCCUGUAAGUCUUCCUCUAACAAGUGCCUGGCUGUGUGACCCUGGGCAAGUCACUAAGCUUCUUAAUUCAUAGCAGUAGCUCUAACACUGUACUAUAAGUUGCAGAGAAGGAGCUGACCUACACUGGUACAAAGAGUUUCCUCAUCUUGGCAUUCCCUAUACCAAUGAGCCCAUGGUCAUAUUUGUCUUGGUUACAAAAUAUGAAGGAACACACUCUCCAGGCAAACACAAGUCUAUUUAUUUCAAUGCUAGAAAGAGCACAGGACUAGAAAAAAAAAUCUUUACACAAAACAGAACUACAAACCUGUCUGUUGAAUUCCUCUUCGUUUUCCAUCCACAUGUACUCAGCAAAUGGAUUAUCAUCUUCAUGAGAAUGACCAUUAAUAAUCACAUCUUCAUUGAUGAUGCUUGGGCUAGUACUGCUGCGACUUGGAUCUUUCAUGGUUGUAUGUUAGUUGUUUUGUAACCUUAUAAGAAGAAGCUUAAAAUUAGUUGAGAUUACCAAGAAAACAUGGGAAAUAUGAAUUGAGAUCACAUAAGUCAACAAAGCACUUCAAAAAUGCUUUAAGUUACAAGAAAUAUCUUGGAAUUGCCAAAAUUUAUUGAAAAUAAUUCUGAUAAACACUGAGCAAUAAUAUCAAAAUUUGCUUCCAUUGGUUUUUUUUUUUUAAGGGAAUCUCAACAUAGACUGCUCUGAAAUGGGAAUACAGAGACCUGGGUUCUAGUCCAUGUCCUGUCACUAACACAAAGCUUUGUGACUCUGAACAAACCUAUUCUCUAUGCUUCAGUUUCAAUAACUAUAAAAUAGGGUAACUGGACUACAUGAUCUCUAAAAUCCCCCACUAAUUUUUUAUUCAUUUAUUUGUUUUCCCCAUUCAUUACUUGGCUUUAUAGAACUAGGCCCAUCCUGAAAAAACUAGUGAUCAAAUUAAUUCCUACAAAGCCAAUUUUAUUUUUAGGUUGAUGCCCAUUUUAGAAACCAAAGAUACUUUUCCAAAGGAGAGAACAACAAAAACACAAAACCCCGAAUAACACUGAGUUCAUGUCCGGUGCCAAUAAAUUCAGGUUAUUCUAGCAACAGUGUACUUAUAAGUGCUAUAUAUUUUCUGGAGAAAACUAUGAGGCAUCAUUUAAGAAUCUUUCCUCAAUUAUAAACUCUCCCUUCUCCAAACAUCCUCUUUCCUGGGAACUUCACAUUCAAGGAUUCUGGCACAUAACCACCUUCCUUCAGGUGUUUACAAUUUCUAUUUAUGCUGGUAUAUAGCAUCACAAUUAACUAAUAGAUUACUAUCAACUAACACAUAGAUUUAUAAAUGAAGAGUCCAUAGAAGAUAUACAUUCCAUCCCCUUCAUUUUAUAGAAAAGGGAACAGAGUAUCAAAGAGGUUAAGUGUCACACAAAUAGUGUUAGAGGAUGGGUAUAAUAUAGGCAAGAAAUCUUCUAAGUUUGAAUUUUUAUGUUUUAAAAGUCUUAAGAAAUUUUUAAAAAAAUUUUAAAGGGAAAUCUAGUAAUCCAAACAGUAAUUUUAAUGAAUCGUGACAAAAGGGAAAAAUGAUAUUGUGAAUACCUAUUCAGGCCUGCCUUUCCUCAGGCUAUACUACCUUGAAAUGUAAGAUUUCCUACCAGAAAUGUGGCUCCCCUUGGGGUAAAAUUCAUAGGAGAAGUUGAUCUGCCAUGUGUGAUACCUGGGCCUUUAAAUUCAGUCUACAGCUUUGUCUGUAUCCCCAAGUAUUAAUAUUCCCAAAUAAACCUGAAAGCUAUUCUUAAUAAACAAAUGUUUACCUUAUGACUUCAA